AAAUAAUUUGAAAACUAUGAAUUUUAUAAGGAUUGUAAGAGUUGGAGUUAUUCAAAAUCAAAUUGUUCUUCCAACAACGGCUCCUUUAGUUGAGCAACGUAACGCAAUUUAUCAAAAGAUAAGCAAAAUAAUAUCCCUUGCAGCUGAAGCUAAUGUGAAUGUGUUAUGCCUUCAAGAAGCGUGGCCAAUGCCCUUUGUGUUUUGUACACGAGAAAAAUUUCCAUGGUGCGAGUUUGCUGAAUCAGCUGAAACAGGGCCGACAACUUUGUUUCUAAAAGACAUCUGCAAACAGUACAAUAUGGUUAUCAUAUCACCAAUUCUGGAACGUGAUGAACAAGAAGUGAUAUGGAAUACAGCUGUAGUCAUAGAUAACUUUGGCAAAGUAAUUGGAAAACAUAGAAAAAACCAUAUACCUCGAGUGGGUGAUUUUAACGAGUCUACUUACUACAUGGAAGGAAACACGGGACAUCCCGUUUUUGAGACAGCUUUUGGUCGAAUUGCAAUCAAUAUUUGUUAUGGACGCCACCAUCCACUGAAUUGGUUGAUGUUUGGGUUAAAUGGGGCUGAAAUUGUUUUCAACCCUUCAGCCACAAUUGAUGGUCUAAGUGAGACACUUUGGGGAAUUGAGGCCAGAACAGCUGCAGUUGCCAAUAGUUAUUUUUCUUGUGCCAUCAACAGAGUGGGUACAGAAAUUUUCCCAUCUGAGUUCACUAGCGGUGAUGGUAAACCAGCACAUAAAAAUUUUGGCCAUUUUUAUGGAUCAAGCUAUAUUACAGCUCCUGAUGGUUCAAGAACUCCUGUAAGACAUUUGUUUGAGAAUCUACAAUAUAAAAUUAACAAUGAAAUUGAAUUGUUUUAACAAAUAUAAUUUUAU